CCUUGCUUCGCAGAUUCAGUUUUGUUGCCGGCAUUCACACGUGGUAGUCGAUUUAUUGUCGUGUUCGAGACGAGCCAAAAUGCAACGUGAAAAUGAAAAGUCGUUAAGCUCACCAGGUGCUUUUGUGUCUCCGAAUUCAACCUCGAAAAUACUUUCUCAAACCCUCGUUAGUAGACCUAAAGGUAUUGCAAAACAAAGGCGAAACGAAAAACAGCAGGUUUUGUACCACUUGGAGCAAGUCAUCGACGUUCAGGAAAUGCUCCAUGCUUUGAGCACACAGAGUAUUGGUAGUGCCAUUCGUCAAGACUUUCUUCGCGGAUUACAAGGGGCUCCACAACUAAGCCAGGAAGAUAUCGAAAUUUUGAAGACAUUUCAUCGACUUACCACUUCAACUAAAAGUCCUAAAACUCUACUUGAAUUUGUCAUGAAUGCACCGAUCGAAGAAAACUUAAAAGCAUCCGAGCAUUUCAAAUUUCUGAUGGAGGGAGAAAGAAAAUCAGUUCCAGGGACUAACAUUACGUACUACGAUGGAAAGGCAAUCAUCUCUCGGAUCCUUCGCAGUGGUUAUUUCAGUCAACGUCGUUUGAACAAUGCCAAAGUGAAACACGAAAACGUACCGAUUUCACCGUCUCAACCAACCCCGACAAGUCAAACGACACCCAAACGAAUCGAUUACCAAGAUGUCGAUGUCGACAGUCUUUUGGUCAAUUUAAAAAAACAAAUGGAAGAAACAAACAGAAUCGUCUAGCCAGAAGAUUUUCACAGUCGUAAAACGCGAGAAAAAUUCUCUACGAGGAACUUGUUACUUAUUUCACUCACUGUCCUGAUGUUACAAAGAAAUUCCCAUUCCCCGUUUGGUUCAUUAACUCUUUCCAUGUUUCUUGCCACUUGAUUGUUGUGAAGCUACGUUUAAUAAACUAAGUUAAUUGGA